AUGACCCUCAGAGUCCAACGGCCACUCCCUGCUUUCCUCAAACCAGGGGAAACAAACCCCUCCGAAGAAGCUUCGAGUGACAAUAUACAGCAAGCAGUACAUAGUCUUGCAUCUAUUUCCGGUGCGGGAAACUCUGUCUUACUGAGUAUGGUUAUUUAUGUGACGAAUGUGUUCGGGCAGCGCUGCAGAAUACGAGCCUUACUGGACUGCGGUUCGCAAAUGAGCCUCAUCACCAAAGAAUGCGCAGAAUUUUUGGGUUUGAAAACUAAACCCAUCCGAACGCACAUUUCGGGAAUAAGUGGUUCAGCUCAUUCAAUCAAAGCGAAGAUUUUAGCCCAUAUUUCGAACGAAACAGAGACUUUUUCUCACAAUUUAGAAUUAUGUAUUAUUCCAAAAAUAACAGAUGUAAUUCCUUCGACAAAACUGGAUAUUUCUAAUUUAACGAUACCGCAUGACAUUAAAUUAGCAGAUCCUAACUUCUAUACACCUGGUAAGAUCAAUAUAUUGAUAGGAAAUGAACUAUUCUUUAACAUCUUGAGGGAAAGUAGAGUUCAAACGCUGAAUGGAAACAUAAUAUUGCAAAACACAGAAUUUGGUUAUUUAAUGACAGGGGUUCUACCUGCUGUUAAUAAUCAAUCCUAUUGUUAUUUGAUAAAGGAAUCAAGUCUCGAUAAUGCGAUUAAGAAGUUUUUCCGAUUAGAAUCCUUCUCGGGAGAUGGUAAGGAAGUCGUAAAGAAUGAAGAAGAGAUAUUUUGCGAAAGGCAUUUUAAUGAAACAUACUCGCGUGAUAAAACAGGUAGAUACAUAGUAAAAUUACCUAUGAAGGAUGAUGCUACUUCUAUGCUGGGUUCAUCUAAAGAAAUUGCUAUUAAGAGACUGAAUACAAUUUGGAAUCGUCUUGAUUCUAAUAAAACUAUGGCUAAUUUGUAUAAGGAAUUUAUGAACGAAUAUUUAAGCUUAAAUCACAUGGAACCUGUUAUGCCCGUGGAUAACUGUGACACUUGUUACUACAUUCCCCAUCACGCAGUUUAUCGCCCGGAGAAAACUUCAACUCGAUUAAGAGUUGUUUUCGAUGCAUCGUGUAAAUCAUCCAGUGGCUAUUCGCUAAAUUCAAUUUUAUUGAACGGAGGCACAAUUCAGGAAGAUCUUUUUUCUAUAGUUUCCAGGUUUAGAAAACAUCGAUUUGCCUUUAGUGCCGAUAUUAAGCAGAUGUAUCGACAAAUACAUCCAUCACAAAGAAAUUUACAGCAGAAUGGUUUGGAAGCCAAGCCGCGAAGGCCUCAGUUCAAGUGUUUAUAG